AGUGCUGCUCUACUCAUUUUCAACACAUUUAUUAUCGCUGGCUUCACAGAACCUACAACAACUAUGGCGGAGCCCUCCUUAAGGGGUCCAGGCUCUGAAGGAGCACAUGGAGUGGUCCAGCAUGAGGACAGAGACUUUGAUCCUUCAGCAGACAUGCUCGUACAUGACUUUGAUGAUGAGCGGACAUUGGAAGAAGAGGAAAAGCUGGAGGGACAGACCAACUUCAGUGCCGAAAUUAAUGACCUCACUCGAGAGGGUGAGAUGCCCAUUGAGGAGCUUCUGAAAUUGUAUGGCUACAGCACUGGUGGGUCUCCAGAGGAGGAGGAUGGAGACGUUCAAGAGGAGGAUUCUUCAGAGAAUAAUUGCUGCAGCCAUAGUAAACUCAAAGAGGACGAGAGGCAGGAGCUUUCUGAUCAAGAGGAUGGGGACGUGCAGUCGUCUGGUGAGGAGCCUCCGUCCUGCAGUGUUUCUCACAGCACAGCUCAACUCCUCUACCCUCGGCCAUCCAUUUACUUUGAAGGGGAUGAGGAAGAAUCUGAAGAUGAUAAUUAUAUUCCAUCUGAAGAUUGGAAGAAGGAGAUAAUGGUUGGUUCAAUGUAUCAAGCAGAGACUCCUGUUGGCCUUUGCAAAUAUAAGGACAAUGAAAAAGUGUACGAGAAUGAUGAUCAGCUUUUGUGGAAUCCGGAGUUAAUUCCAGAAGAAAAGGUUGUAGAGUUUUUAGCCGAGGCUUCUAAAUGCAGCGGAGAAGAGACUGGUGUCCAUGCAAUUCCUGAAGGAUCUCACAUCAAAGACAAUGAACAGGCUCUUUAUGAAUUGUUUAAAUGCAACUUAAAUGCAGAAGAAGCUUUAAGAAGACUGAAAUUUAAUGUGAAGCCUGCCAAAGAGGAAAUGUCAGGUUGGACGGAAGAGGAGUGUCGAGGUUUUGAGCAAGGAAUCAACACUUACAGAAAAGAUUUUAGCUCAAUACAAGCAAAUAAGGUGCUAACUAGAUCUGUAGGGGAAUGUGUGGCCUUUUAUUACAUGUGGAAGAAAUCUGAGCGUUAUGAUUUCUUUGCACAGCAAACCAAGCUUGGAAAAAGAAAAUACAGUCUUCGUCCUGGAGUUUUGGAUUAUAUGGAGUGUAUUUUGGACGAGAGGAAGAGCUCUGAGUCCAGUGGAUCUUCAUCUUCACCUCCCACCUCUUCCAACAACAGCAAACACCCAUCAGAGCCAGAGAGUGACUCAAAUGCACAGAACGGUGUUGGGAGCCAUUCCUCCGAGCCCCUUCUCUGUGUCACAGAUGAGAAAUCUCAGAUAAACGGCUCUGCCACGUGUCCAGAUAUUUCCACAGCAAAGUCACCACCCUGCUCUAACCCUGACGCCAGCAGCCCGAGCACACAAGUCAUGGAGAUCACAGUCAAACAGGAGGAAGAUGAACACUGUGAGCGACCUCUCAAAAGGCUUAGGACUGAUGCAGACCCCAGCAGUGAAGGGUCUGUCCCCCACAACAAAACCGAAACCGUCUGACUCACCAGCAGAAACUUAGAAAAAAGACACAGAACUCCUGACCUCAGAUGAGGGGUUUAUACAGGCUCUGUUUUUAGCAUGAAGGUAGCGGUGUGUGUGAAUUUCAGGGAUGCAAAUGAAGCACAUUUCUGUUCUCUCACAUUACGGUCACUGAGCUCAGUUCAUAUCUCAAACACUCAUGAUAGACUGUCAUAUCAGACAGUCAACCCUGUAGCACUAUUUAUUAAUAUAGGUUAAGAUGAGCAGUGUUACUGUAUUUUCUUUGUUAUUUGAAAGAAACAGCUGACUGUAUUUUAUUGUGAAGCUUCUGUCAUUUGGUGUGCAUAACAUUGCUCUAGCUGUAAAUGCACACUGUGGAAAAGCCCUGUUGAUUUUAUAUGAAGUA